GCAAUGUCACAGCUGUAUUACGGCAAAACUGACAGCUCCUUGUACAGGGACAGCAUCCCCCUGCGGGUCGUGAGGGCCGAGUCCGAGCUCUCGUCCCUGGAGAAGGCCUACCUGGGGGCAGUGGAUAAGGGCGACUACGCCAGCGUGAAAGAAGACCUGGAGGAUGCUGAGAUUUAUUUCAGGAUCAACAUUAACUGCAUCGACCCCCUGGGACGCACGGCCUUGCUCAUCGCCAUCGACAACGAGAACCUGGAGAUCAUCGAGCUGCUGCUCAGCUAUAACGUGUACGUGGGGGACGCCCUGCUGCACGCCAUCCGCAAAGAGGUGGUGGGCGCCGUGGAGCUGCUGGUCAAUCACAAGAGGCGUGGGGACAAAAAGGUUCCACCAAUCCUGCAAGACAAGCAGUUUUCAGACUUCACCCCGGACAUCACUCCGAUCAUCCUCGCAGCCCACACCAACAACUACGAGAUCAUCAAACUGCUGGUGCAGCGAGGAGUUUCCAUCCCGCAGCCGCACUCCGUACGCUGCAACUGCGUGGAGUGCCUCUCCAGCUCAGACGUGGACGUCCUGCGUCAGUCUCGCUCCCGUCUGAACAUCUACAAAGCCCUCGCCAGCCCGUCCCUCAUCGCCCUCUCGAGCGAGGAUCCCUUCCUCACGGCCUUCCAGCUCAGCUGGGAGCUGAAGGAGCUCAGCGAUGUGGAGAACGAGUUCAAGUCAGAGUACGAGGAGCUCUCCCACACGUGUAAACAAUUUGCAAAAGACCUCCUGGACCAAACCCGGAGCUCUAAAGAGUUGGAGACAAUCCUCAACUACCGAGAUGACAUCAAUCCCCUGCUGGAUGACAACAAUGACCUGGCACGACUUAAACUGGCUAUUAAAUACAGCCAGAAAGAGUUUAUCGCGCAGCCCAACUGUCAGCAGCUGCUGGCGUCUCGCUGGUACGAUCAGUUCCCCGGCUGGAGGAGGCGUCACUGGGCGGCAAAGCUCCUCACCUGCAUCUUCAUCGGCCUCCUGUUUCCGCUGCUGUCCAUCUUCUACCUGAUCUCUCCAAAGAGCUUCUAUGGCUUAUUCAUCCGCAGGCCUUUCAUCAAGUUCAUCUGUCACACCGCCUCCUACCUGACCUUCCUCUUCCUGCUCUUCUUGGCCUCGCAGCACAUAUCCACCUCACAGAAGGACUGUCAGGGCCCCCCACCCACCAUCGUGGAGUGGAUGAUCCUGCCUUGGGUGCUCGGUUUUAUAUGGAUGGAGAUCAAACAGAUGUGGGAUAAUGGUUUCCAAGACUACAUGGACGACUGGUGGAACCUAGUGGACUUCAUAAUGAACUCCCUGUAUCUUGCUACCAUUUCUCUGAAGCUCGUUGCCUACACACAGUACAGAGGGCCCAAACCCAGAGACCAGUGGGAAAUGUGGCACCCGACUCUGGUGGCAGAGGCCUUGUUCGCCAUCGCCAACAUCUUCAGCUCUUUACGCCUCAUCUGCCUUUUUACUGCCAACUCCCAUCUGGGGCCCUUACAGAUCUCGCUGGGUCGAAUGCUCCUGGACAUCCUCAAGUUCCUCUUCAUCUACUGCCUGGUGCUUUUAGCCUUCGCCAACGGCCUCAACCAGCUGUACUUUUACUAUGAAACAGAAGAAAAGUUGUGCAAAGGGAUUCGCUGCCAAACACAGAACAAUGCCUUCUCAACGCUGUUCGAGACGCUGCAGUCGUUAUUUUGGUCCGUGUUUGGCCUGAUUAACCUCUACGUGACCGAUAUGGCGCCGGAUCAUCAAUUCACUGAGUUUGUGGGCAGCACCAUGUUCGGCACCUACAACGUGAUCUCCCAGAUCGUGCUUCUGAACAUGCUCAUCGCGAUGAUGAACAACUCCUACCAGCACAUAGCUGAUCAUGCUGAUAUAGAAUGGAAAUUCGCAAGAACAAAAUUAUGGAUGAGCUACUUUGAAGAAGGGGGGACUUUGCCGUCUCCGUUUAACAUAAUACCCAGUCCGAAGGCAGUUUUUUAUCUGAUGAGAUGGAUAAAGAAAUUUUUAUUCAGGAGACAAAGCAAAAAAAUGCAUGAUACCUUCGAAACAUUGGGGAGACGCGCGGCUAAAAGUGUAAGAUCAAACCAUCAGUACCAGGAGGUUUUAAGGAACCUUGUGAAGCGAUAUGUCGCUGCGCUGAUCAGAGACGCCAAGACAGCUGAAGGUUUGACAGAAGAGAACUUCAAGGAGCUGAAGCAGGAUAUCUCCAGCUUCCGCUAUGAAGUCCUGGGAAUGAUGAAGGGUAAAUCUCAAGGAAGGGCAAGCUCCGCCUUAGCCUAUCCUGGAAACCCUUUCAAAUAUUCUCCCAAAUUCCCCAUUGAUGAGCCGGAGCAGAAGAUGUUUGAAGUGGUCAUCCGCGCCCAACAGAGCGGAGCUUCCAACACCACCGGCUCUGACAGGCUAUCCAACGGUGCAGCUCUUCUGUCCCCUACAGGACAGACUCAGGACGAGGUGUCCAAGGAUGUCUCAGAUGAGGGGUCUCAUAACUUUGAAAAAAUAUCAUUGUCACCAAAAGAUUCACUGGGAUCUGGGGGCAAAAUGCGAUUUCAGAUCGAGAAAGGCUUCCAGAUAAGUAAAGCCCUGGUCACCCUGCCUGGAAUAACCAGCAGAGCUCCGCCCAGAGACCUGUGCAUCCAGCUGUGCCGCUCACACUCUCAGAAACACCCAGUUUACUUGUGA